AUGGUUUACAAAAAGCUUAACUCAGCACUAUUUCUUACCCCAAAACUUUUGUACAUUGCAGUAAAUAUAGAGUACUUUUUGUUCUACAAUCUACGACAGACCUUUCUUACUACAAGGGGAGUAACUGGCACACAGCAAACAAUUACACUUAUUGUUAUGCUUUUAAGCACAUUUUUCAGCAAUAUGGGGAUUGCAUACAUAGCAGAUAAAUUCCAGAGACCGAAAGGAAUUCUUGUGUUCUCUUUGCUAUUCUCUGCAGUCCUGUUCCAAGUUCUGAUGAUGCCAAUUCCCUCUAUUUUAAUUUCAGUUGUGUUCGUGUUCUACUGUAUGUUUAUUCUAUCUACCUUGCCGCUUCUUGACAGGAUUGUGCUAGACUAUCUUCAGAAAGUGCUGCAGGCGCCUGCAUCCUUAUACGGAAGGCAAAGAAUGUUUGGAACGCUGACAUACUGUGCAGUAAACUAUCUUACCGAGUCUCUUGUUUUUGGAAGCGGUGGAAAGAGCAGCAAGGAGGGAAAUUACUCAAGGCUGUGUAUUCCAUACAUUCUGUUUUCAGCGCUUGCAGGUGGGCUUAUCUUUUUGCUUGCACCAGCAGACCGCAUUAGAAGCACAAGCACUUCUUCUUCUAGAAAUCCUCCGCAGUUUUCAAAGGUUCUUAAGAAUCCAGCAUACAUGUUCUUCCUUCUGAUUAUUCUCAUGAAUGGAAUAACCCGAGGAGUCAUGAGCAUGUAUUUAAGUAACUACUAUAAGAAUAUUCUUAACUUUGCAGACUUCAAGCCCUCUAAAAGCCUGCCCAUUUAUGCGCAGUGGGCACUUCAGGGGUUCUAUGCAAACCCAAUGUCCACCUGCAGCACAUUUGGAAUUGUUCUGGAAAUUGUGCUGUUUUUCUGCUCAAAAUCUCUGCUCGGAUUCUUUGGGCUGUACUGGUCUUUCCUUCUAUCGCAAAUGGCGCAGGGGCUGCGGUUCUUCUUAUACACCUUCAUAACGCCAGAAGACCCACUUAGGUUUGAAAAGUGCUGCUUCAUUGAAGUGCUUAAAGGAGUUAACUUUGGGCUAACACAUCUGUCAGGCGUGCAGAUGGCAACUCUUCUAGUUCCAAGCAAUCUAAAGUCAACAAGUCAAAUGAUCUAUACAGGAACGUUUGUCUGUUUAGGAACAGUUGCAGGAGUGAUUGCAGGACACUUCCUCAAAAUUGAUACAUUUGAAGGAGUUCAGAUGGUGUUCAAUGGAUGUACCUAUCUAUCUCUUCUUGCAAUUGGGCUGAUUAUCCUAAAGUAUGGGUUUUUGGACGGCAAACUGUGGGGAAGAAAUGCAGAAAGAAUGCCAGAUCCUGUGCUCUCAGCGCAGACAUCGCACAGCACAUUAGCAAGCCAAGACCUAAAAAAGAGUGAAUCUACACCUGCUGCAAAUUGA